GCCAAGCACGCCAAGCACCUGCGGGCGGCCGCCGCGUCGCCCGCCGCCACGCCCGCACCAAGCGCCGCCGCUGCGGCCAAGGCCGCCGUCGUCGCCGGCAACAUCCGCGUGAUCCAGGCGCCCGCCGUCAAGGUUGGCGAUGGCAUCACGCCGAUGUCGUCUGUGCCCUCGGACCUCAAGCCCAUCGCCACACCCGCCGGCGCGCCCGCCGCGGCCGCGGGCUCCGCCUCCGCCGCCGCCCCCGCCAAGGGCCAGGCCGCCGCCGUGGUCGCGCCCAACGCCGCCGGCGUCGCGCGCUCGACCGACCCCUUCGGCAACCCCGUCAUCAACGCCGGCGGCACCAUGACGGCCGCAAAGGCUUGA